AUGAGCUACACCACCGCGGACCUCGAGUCCUACUUGAAAUUCGCCAUCCACCUGGCCAAGCUGGCUGGCCCCGUCAUCCUCGAGGGAUUCAACACCCGCUUUUCUCCCGAGCGUAGUGCACUCCUGGUUAAGAAGGGCAACACUGCCGACCUGGUCACCGUGUGGGAUCAGAAGGUGGAGAAGAUGGUCCGCGCCGAGAUUGCUGAAAAGAUGAAGACCCACUCAUUUAUCGGGGAAGAGACCGUUGCUGCAGGAGAGGAGUGUGGUCUUACGGACGCACCCACCUGGAUUGUCGAUCCGAUUGAUGGUACCACCAACUUUGUUCAUGGUUUCCCUUUCGUCUGCAUCUCGAUUGGCUUGGCCAUCAACCAAGAACCCGUCGUCGGUGUCAUUUAUAAUCCUAUUCUCAAUCAGCUCUUCACAGCGGCAAAGGGCUUGGGCGCUUAUCUCUCCAAGAUUGACGAGGACCCACGCGAGCAGGGCAAGCGCCUGCCACUGUCCUACCCUCAUCCAGCACCACCACUGCCCUCGCUCUCAAUGGCCCUAGUCGCUGGUGAAUACGGAUCUGAUCGCAAGACCGACGUCAUUGAUCCCAAGGUCAAGUCUUUGCGCAACCUCUCUGCAAGAGACCCCUCUGAUCUCGCGCCUGGACGCGCCGUUGGCCACGCACACGGUAUCCGUUGCUUGGGCAGUGCUGCUAUGAACAUGAUGGCUCUGGCCCAGGGACAGGUGGAUGUCUACUGGGAGGUCGGAUGCUGGGAAUGGGAUGUCUGUGCCGGAAUCAUCAUUGUGCGAGAGGCUGGCGGUGUGGUCGUAGAUGGUUGUGGUCGCCAAGUAACCGAUGGCCAGCUCUUGAUUGGCCGUCGCUUCCUCUGUGUCCGUGGAUGCUGUGGCGAGGAUGGUGAUACCUCUCCGGAAGCAACAUUGGCUGCCCAAAAGAACAUUAUCAAUGAGGUCUGGUCAAUUGUCGAGGACAUUGAUCUCGGUCGUAAAUAG